AUGGGUAAGGCGAAGACCACAUUUUACAAUGUGCUGCUGGCAAUGUUCGCGGCCACGGGGUCGUUCCUCUUCGGCUACGACUCCGGCGUCAUGACCGACGUAAUCGCCUCACCACACUUCCUCAACUACUUCAACACCGUCAAAACCUCUCCCAUCAUCGGCGCCAUCAACUCCACCUUCUCCGGCGGCGCAGUCUUCGGCUCCCUCAUGGGAGGCCUAACAAUGGACCGCUUCGGCCGCAAAGGAACCGUCCAAAUCGGCGCCUUCAUCGCCGUAGUCGGCGCAGUCCUCCAAUGCGCCGCUGUAAACCUCGCCAUGAUUCUGGUCGGCCGCAUCAUCGCUGGCUGGGCUGUGGGGUUGAUGUCCAUGUCCAUCCCCGUCUACCAAGCCGAAUGCGCGCAUCCUAAGAUGAGAGGUCUUAUCGUUGGACUGACGCAGCAGAUGAUUGGGAUAGGAUUUAUUGUCUCGACUUGGAUUGGAUAUGGAUGUCACCACGCGCCAGACACAAACUCAGUCCAAUGGCGGUUCCCCUUGGCCUUCCAAAUCGUCCCGGCAAUCCUCCUCCUCGUGGGCUUCUUCUGGCUCCCGGAAUCACCACGUUGGCUAAUCGAAAACGACCGCGACGAGGAUGGCCUCGUGAUCCUGCGCCGGCUGCAUUACGACGGCACCAACGAGGAGUGGAUUGAUCGUGAAUACAGUGAGAUUCGCGCGACGAUUUCGGCGGAGAAGGCUAUCACCGUUCCCGGAUGGAGGAUCAUGUUCACGGUGCCGCAAUGGCGCAAACGUCUGAGUCAUGGCGUUCUCGUGCAGGUCUUUACCCAGUUGACGGGGAUAAACGUUAUCGGAUACUACCAAACCAUCAUGUACGAGUCCCUCGGCAUCACGGGUGGACGCGCGAUUCUUGUGGCGGGGAUAUACAAUUGUGUGGGACCUAUUGCGAAUGCGAUUUUCAUCUGCUUUAUCCUGGAUCGGGUGGGGAGGAAGAAACCACUCCUAUUAGGAGCUGCAGGCAUUACGAUCGCGUUGAUCUGCGAGGCUGCGAUCAACUCCCAAAACCCGGAUGGGACGAGGCACGGUUUGAGUAUUGCUGGGGUGUUCUUCCUGUUCCUGGUCUCCGUCAUCUUUAGCUUAUCCUUCGGACCCAUCUCGUGGGUGUACAUGUCAGAGAUUAUGCCCAUGCAAAUCCGUGGACGGGGAAAUGCCUUCGCUACAGGCAUCGGGAAUUGGUUGGUCAGCACGUUCUUCGCGCAAGUCAGUCCGAUUGCGUUGGGGAGUAUUGAGUGGAAGUAUUAUUUCGUAUUCGUAGCGUGGAACAUUCUGGUCACGAUUCCGACGAUUUUCUUCUUCUUCAAGGAGACGAAUCAGUUGUCACUCGAGGAUAUUGAUCUGCUGUUUGGAGAGAGGGCACUGGGGACGCUGCCGAAGGAGCUGGAGGAGAAGGAUGUGGAGGAGGCGGUUAGGAUGGAGAGUAUUGAGAAGAAGGGGUUGAAGAAGGUUACGGUUAUGACUUGA